UAUAUAUAAGUGUAAUUAACUAAUUAUAUAAGGAAAAGUGAGUCUAAGUUGUAUAAUGUUACAGUAAUAUUUUAAUAUUUAUUGUUUAAUGAAUAAAUCACUCAUAUUUUUGUAUGCGGUAAAACUGUAACAUGAUAUACUCCCUAUGACAUUAUAAUUUGUUUUGGUUAAGAUAUGGGAGCCCACUCUUCAAAGAGUUCAACGACUAAAAAGGGGUCAUCAUAUGUUAAUACUUGUUCAAAUGCAAGCACUUCUCAUGCUACGAGUGCCCAACCACAUGACUUGAAUCAAUUGGAGAUUCGAGGUGAUUCAAUCCCUUCAAGAGUUAGUAGUGUUGUCGAUUCUACUAAUAAAAGACUCCAAGCGAAACAAGAGGUGCCUUCUCUUGAAAUGAAUGUGAUUAAAUAUAGCGACAAGGAGGAUGAUUUUUAUGAUGGGAUACCCCGCUUGCCGGCUACUUUAUCCGAGAAAUCAAGAUCUAGAAGCUUCAGGGUCAGUGCACGCAAAGCUGGUAGUUUAGGGAUAGAAAAGGCUGUCGAUGUAUUGGACACUCUUGGAAGUAGUGUGACAAGUUUAAAUUCAGGGAGUGCAUUUGUCACUGGGCCAACAACAAAAGGCAAUGAACUCUUUAUUUUGUCAUUUGAGGUUGCUAAUACAAUCAUGAAAGGUUCCAACCUCAUGAAUUCCCUCUCAACUAGAAAUAUGAAUCAUUUGAAAGAAGUAGUGUUUCUUUCUGAAGGCGUGCAAAAUUUAAUAUGCAAAGAUGUGGAUGAGCUUUUGAGAACAGUUGCUGCAGAUAAAAGGAAAGAGCUGAAAGUAUUUACUUGCGAAGUCGUUCGUUUUGGAAAUAGAUGUAAAGAUCCUCAAUGGCACAAUUUGGAUGUUUAUUUUGAAAAACAGAACAGGGGACUUACCCAUCCUAAGCAAUUGAAGGCAGAUCCCCAAGUAGUGAUGCAACAAUUGCUAACUUUGGUUCAGCAUACGGCGGAGCUGUAUCGUGAGUUAUGCGUACUGGAGAAACUGGAGCAAGAUUAUCAACAAAAGCAUCAGGGAGGCAUGAAUUCAAUUUCUGCUUCAAAAGGUCCACUAGGUGUUGAGUUUGUGUAUCUUAAGCAAGAACUUAAAGCCCAAAGGAAGCAUGUAAAACUUCUAAAGAAAAAGUCACUCUGGUCCAGGAGUAUGGAAGAUGUUAUGGAAAAGCUUGUUGAUGCCGUCAUCUAUUUAAACCGACAGGUCAAAAAUGCCUUUGAAUCUGCAUAUGAUAUUGAUGUAGCAUCAGAUGGAUGCCCAAACAUGCAGUGUAAACUUGGACAUGCUGGUCUUGCAUUGCAUUAUGCUAAUAUUGUUCUUCAAAUUGACUCAAUCGUUUCUCGAAACGGCCCUAUGACUUCAUUUGCAAGGAGCAUGUUAUACCAGAGCCUCCCACCCGAUAUAGAGUUAUCUUAUCGAUCCAGAUUAGCUUCAUUUAACGUUGGAAGAGAGCUUGACAUUCCAGAUAUUAAAGCCGAAAUGGAAAAAAAGCUAUGUUGGUUUUCUCCGGUAGCCAUAAACACAGCAAAGGCUCAUCAUGGAUUUGGCUGGGUUGGUGAGUGGGCGGACACCGGUUCUGGAGCAGGGCAAAAACCAAAUGGGUUGAAUGAUAUAAAUCGGAUUGAGACAUUUAACCAUGCAGACAAACGAACAACAGAAGGUUAUAUUGUUGAACUAUUGUUGUGGCUCAACCUUUUGAUAAAAAAGUUGAGGAUUAAUGCAAAUAUAGAAGAUCACUUAAACAAGGAAUCCCCAAAAGAUUCCACUCAAGUGACUCAACAAUAUAACAAUCAAAACUUAGAGCACAAGGACACUCGUGUUGUGUAGCACAUAGAAGAAAACAAGUAAACCACUGAUGAUCUUUCGGUUGAUUUUGAAUCCCGACACGAGAUUAAAAAAGCAUCAUAUAUUAACAAUGAUGAUGUGCUACUUAAAGGUUAGUUGCAAAAUGGUCCGUGUAAAAGGACUUACUGUAUAUAUAUAACUAGAUUACUUUCGUGUAAUAAGCGAGUUAAAUAUAUUACGUUUCGUUAUAACUUAUAAUAAUAGUUGUAAUAAUAAGAUACGUUGAGAUUUGAUGAUAGCAUUA